AUGUUCUCCACUGGACGCAAUAAGCCGCAUUCGCAGAGGAAGCGAAUGCUGAGCAACAUCUAUAGCAAGUCUCAUGUCACGGCAAGCGAGGCACUGCUCGGCCAGACGUCUGCCAUUAUGUACAAGCGCUUUUUGCCGUAUCUGGAGACGACGUUCGCCGAGUCUGAGAAGGGGGUUCUCAACGUAUACGCACUACUCAGCGCAACCACGAUGGACAUUGUGACGUGCUUCAUCUUCGGGCUCAAGGCAGGCUCGAACCUAAUCGAUGACCGAAAGCAGCUUGCGUGGUUUCUUGAUUUGUACAACUCGCGUCGAUCCUACAACUUCUGGCCGCAGGAGUUCCCACGAUUUACUAGCUUUGUGGAGAAGUGGCUUGGCUACCGAUUGACACCGAAGUGGGUCGAUGAGGCGAACGGUGAGAUCGAGAGGUGGACGGUGAGGAUGUGCGACGAUGCUAGUGCUGUCUCGAGCGCAGGCGAUGCACAGAUCGAGGAUCGACCUGUGGUGUGGCAGCAGCUCCAAAACACCAUGGCAAAAGCCGCGAAGGAGGGCGGGGAGAGCGCACUACAGACUCAAAUUGCGAGCGAGGUGCUGGACCAUCUUGCGGCAGGGUUCGAUACGUCCGGGAUAACACUGGUCUACGUCGUCCACGAGGUCUCGCGGCAUCCGGGAAUCCAGGCCCGUCUUCGCGCUGAGCUGCUUGGUCUCUCGCCGCAGCUUGUCCCGUCAUCAGCGCCGACACUGCCUGAUGCUAAGGCUGUAGACAGCCUACCAUUCCUCCAUGCCGUCAUAUGGGAGACCCUGCGUCUUCAUUCGGCCAUUCCGGGCCCACAGCCACGAUUCACGCCGCCGCAAGGCUGUCAACUUGGACCUGAAGAGGCUUCGUACCACAUUCCUAGUGGAGUAAGGGUGAGCGCAAGCGCGGGCCUAUUGCACCUCAACGAGGAAGUGUUCGAGCGCGCAAACGAGUGGAGGCCAGAGCGAUGGCUGGACAUGGACAGGCUAGACGAGGAGAAGCGGAGGGAUAUGGAGAGCCGGUGGUUUUGGGCCUUUGGAAGCACCACCAUCGUCGACGAUACAGGCAUCGAGCAGAUGGAUUCGUAUACUGCGCCGCCCAAGAGUGACAAGCUCAUGGAACGAGGCUUGCUGAAGGCUCUCACCUCAAUGAUCAGGCAUGUUUGGACCCUGAUCUCCGACACUGAACAAGGAAGGAAGCAUCUGCCCCGCCGCACGUGCAACAAGUCUUAG